AUGAUGCACGUUCUGCUAAAGCCCAAAAACGAUGACGUCAAGGCUCUCUAUGCCAGUCACAAGACCUUCUACGAAGGAGACUGUGGAUUGGACUUGUUUUGCAUAGAAGAUCAGACUAUAGAAGCACACCAGACCGGGGUAGUAUAUCUAGGUGUCCAAGUUUCGGCAUUCAAGGCUCAUGAGAAUGGUGAAGUGGGCAAGUCUGUCGGAUGGCUCCUAUUCCCAAGGAGUAGUAUAUCAAAAACCCCUCUCAGACUCUCAAACUCUGUUGGAGUAAUCGACCCCCAAUUCAGAGGUGAAGUGAGACUAUCCCUAGACAACAUCAAGGACUAUCCAUACACCAUUAAGAAGGGUGAUCGCCUUGUUCAGAUGGUUUCAUACGACGGAGAAAAGAUAACUUUUGAGAUUGUCGAUGAGUUGGACGAAACUGACCGUGGAAGCAAGGGUUUUGGAUCCACCGGAAGAUGA